AUGCGAAACAACCAAAAUGAAUUACGCGUUGAACUAUACCAUAACAUAUGUGACGCUGUAACGCGUGGAGACACAAAUGCUGAGGCUAUCGGCCAACGGAUAGUUUUGCCCGCAACCUUUACGGGUGGCCCACGCUAUAUGAUACAGAACUACCAGGACGCAAUGGCUCUGUGCCGUGCUUUUGGGAACCCGGACCUAUUUGUUACAUUUACAGCAAACCCAAAAUGGCUGGAAAUUGAAGACAUGGUAUCCCUCAUAAGAGGCCAAAAAUCCCAUGACCGUCCUCAGACCAUAUCCCGAGUUUUUAAGAUGAAGUUGAACUCAUUGAUUGAGGAUAUUAUGAAGAAACAAAUCUUUGGCAAAUGCAGAGCAGUCGUCUACACGAUUGAGUUUCAAAAGCGGGGUCUGUCGCACGCGCACCUUCUUAUCCGGCUUGAACAUUCAGCCACGUGUCGGACACCUGCUGGUAUAGAUGAUCUGAUUUCUGCAGAAAUCCCCUCUGAAACUGACGAUCCGGCCAGCUAUAAAGCUGUCACAGAAUACAUGUUACAUGGUCCCUGUGGAAAUGACGCUCCCAGUGCGCCGUGUACAACUGACGGCAAAUGCCUCAAACACUUUCCGAAGGCAUUUUAUCAAGAAACGACAAUUGAUGAAGACGGCUACCCGGUUUAUCGAAGAAGAAAUUCCAAAAUUUUCUUCCUUAAGGGCAAAACUAAACUUGACAACAGGUUCGUCGUCCCAUACAACCGUUACCUCCUACUAAAAUAUGAAUCCCACAUCAACGUUGAAUGGUGUAAUAGGUCUCGGGCAAUAAAGUACCUGUUUAAAUACUUAAACAAGGGCCCAGACAGGGCUACAAUGAUUGUUCAAGAAAACAUUGGAAGUGACGAUGAGAAGCGUGCAAAACAGAUUAUUAGGGUUGAUGAGAUCAAGAACUAUAUGGAUUGCCGUUAUUUAUCGGCAUGUGAGGCCGUCUGGCGGAUGUUUGCGUACCCUAUACAUUACUCAUUCCCAUCUGUCAUGAAACUGACCUUUCAUUUGCCUGACCAACAUGUACUCACACUACGUGACUCAGACAACUUGCCAGCCCUGUUAAACCGUGACGGGAUACGAGAGACAAUGUUCACCCAAUGGUUGGCCCUGAAUAGUAGAGAUGCAAUGGCCAGAGAGCUGACAUACGCUGAGGUACCAACGCAGUAUGUAUGGCAUGACGAUACCAAGGUAUGGAAAAGGCGGUUUCAACGGACAACUCUGGGUCGGAUCGUGUAUUGCAAUCCAGCAGCUGGCCCCCGAUAUUAUCUAAGGAUGUUGUUAGGUGUCGUUAAAGGACCACGAAGUUUUGAAGAGAUAAAAACUGUCGACGGGUUUGUUUAUGAAACCUUCAAAGAAGCCUGCUAUGCCUACGGCCUUCUAAAUGAUGACAAAGAAUGGAGUGACGCUCUCUCGGAAGCUCAUAUGUGGGCGUCCGGUUCCCUGCUACGGGAAUUAUUUGUUACCAUGUUGUUGUUUUGUGAGGUUAAUAGCCUGGGCCAGCUGUGGGAGAAGCACCGGGAGACAUUGUCCGACGAUAUUUUGUACAAGAAACGUAAGCAUUUCAUGUUCCCUAGGUUACAACUAUCAAACGAGCAACGUAAGAACUACUGUCUGGUAGAACUCGAUGAACUAUUGGAAAAGAAUGGCAAAUCGUUGCAUGAUUUCGCAGAUAUGCCCCAAGCAGAUACCUCGCUCCUAAAUGCCAUGGAUAACCGCCUUAUCAGAGAAGAAUUGAGUUACAAUACAAAAAUAAUGGCAGACAAACACCAACAGUUGUAUGCUUCUCUCAAUAUGGAACAAAAAACUAUAUACAACAUCGUGAUUGACUCUGUUUUAGCACGAAAAGGCGGGUUUCAUUUCGUAUAUGGAGCGGGUGGUAUAGGCAAGACUUUCCUAUACAAGACCAUCCUGUCUCGCUUAAGAUCUAUGGGCCUGAUUGUCCUUGCCGUUGCAUCUUCAGGUAUAGCAUCCCUACUCUUACCAGGUGGUCGGACAGCUCAUAGUCGCUUCGCUAUCCCUCUGGAAUUGUUGCACGGUAGCACAUGCGGCAUCAAACAAAAUACCCAGCUUGCACAGCUUUUGCAAGAGGUCAAGCUAAUCAUUUGGGACGAGGCACCCAUGAUGAAAAAAUACGCGUUUGAAGCCCGUGAUAAAACCCUCAGAGAUAUCUUGGGGUUGGUUGUUUAUACAAACAGGGAACGUGUGUUCGGCGGCAUCCCUGUCUUACUCGGUGGCGAUUUUAGGCAAAUUCUCCCGGUCAUCCCAAAGGGGAAAAGACAAGAUGUGGUUAACGCAUGCAUCAACAGAUCUGUUUUGUGGAAAAGUUGUCAACUCUUUACACUCAGCCAAAGCAUGCGAGUCAGCGAAUACACCUCGACACGCACGCUAGGCACUGAUAGACAAUGUUUCAACAAGUGGCUAUUAGACAUCGGCGACGACAUCGUACCAGCAAUAUCCAAAGACAGGGCAGAUGAGCCGACCUGGAUAGAAAUACCCCACAGGUUCAUUGUUGACAACUGUGGUUCCCUAGUUGAAUCAAUUGUUAACGCUGCAUUCCCAUCAUUUAUGGAAAAGCAAGAUGAUGAUGAUUAUUUGUGUGAGAGGGCAAUACUGACCCCACGUAAUAUAGAUGCAGACGAAAUCAAUGAGUACAUGUUUUCCCAACUCAAACGGCCUGCCCGGACUUACAAAAGCUCAGAUGAAAUAUGUCGUGCUUCUACGGACAUAUUAGAACAGGAACAACUCUACCCAACUGAGUUUCUCAAUUCUUUAACUUUCUCAGGUACAGCACCUGCUUCCGUGGACAUGUUACCCCAUGAACAACUCUACCCACCUGACUUCUUGCAUUUCUUUGUUUUCUCAGGUAUGCCACCUCACGCUUUACAUCUAAAAGAAGGCCUCCCGAUCAUGCUUUUACGUAACAUCAAACCCUCGCAAGGAUUAUGUAAUGGUACAAGUCUUAUUAUCACAGACCUCGGGAAAUUUUUAAUCAAAGCUAGGAUACUAACCGGUUCAAACCGUGGGGACACUGCUUUCAUCCCGAGGAUCCCCCUCUCAUCCACAAAAUCAAAAUGGCCCUUCAUUAUGAAAAGGCGACAGUUUUCGGUGAAACCGUGCUAUGCAAUGACCAUUAACAAGAGCCAGGGCCAAUCAUUAAAGGUAGUUGGUCUUUACUUGCCCCGCCCUGUGUUCAGUCAUGGCCAACUGUAUGUCGCGAUGUCGAGGGUUACGACACCUGAGGGCUUAAGGAUUCUUAUCGUUGAAGAUGGUGACGGUGGAAUGAAAAAUUAUACUAGAAACAUUGUAUACAAAGAAACUUUUAACAACCUGAACCCAACGAGUCCACCAGAGUAA